CUGCGUUACUGGGGUAAGUUGUGAAGUGAGGCGGUUGAAGAAAAAUAUAAAGUUGUGCAAAUCACAUGAAAUUUAUGAGCUCUGGUAUUUCUUAUACUCGAAAUGCUUAAAUGUAUGGAGGCCUAAAUCAUUCAAUCUGUGCAAAUCGGUAGCCUGCUCCACACUGGAAUCCUAUAUAUAUACGACAUAUUCUUUGCCUGAAAAUUGAACAAACAAACAACUUAAACAUGGACGAUCAAGCAAGUACAAUGUUAAUUCAUAACAGUAUUCAUUUAUUUCACAGCAACAAAUGCCGUGUUGGUACUAUGAAAGAGAAGAAUUAUAUAAAACACCAUCAUAUUAUGAUCAAAUUGACCAUGAAACAGAGACACGUCAUCGUAGAGAAGGUGCCAGAUUUUUAUCAGCUGUUAGUACCAAAUUAAAUCUUCGAUAUGAUACAUGUGCCACAGCGAUUGUAUUCUUCCAUCGAUUUUACAUGUUCCAUUCAUUUAAGGCAUUUCCACGUUAUGUAACAGCUGCUUGUUGUUUAAUGUUAGCUGGAAAAGUGGAAGAAACACCAAAAAAAGUUCGUGAUAUUGUUAAAACUGCUAGGUCAUUACUGUCUGAUGCAGAUUUCGAACAAUUUGGAAAUGAUCCUAGGGAAGAAGUAAUGGCAUUCGAACGAGUUCUACUAAAAACGAUUAAAUUUGACUUGCAAGUUUCACAUCCAUAUUCCUAUUUACUUCAAUUCGCAAAAAGAAUUAAAGGCAACCAAGAGAAACUGAAAGAAUUAGUUCAGAUGUCAUGGUCAUUUAUUAAUGAUAGUUUAGCAACAACACUAUGUUUACAGUGGGAACCAGAAAUAGUUGCAUGCGCGGUCCUUUAUCUAGCCACACGUAUGAGUAAAUUUACAAUAGAAGAUUGGGAAGGUCGUCAACCAGGUCAACGUUGGUGGGAAUGUUUUGUUGAAGGUAUGAGUACUGAAGUUAUGGAAGAUAUAUGUCAUAAAAUUUUAGACUUAUACCCUGCUGAUGGGAAUACUGGUGAUGAACAAGUUGGAAGUAAUAUUAACACAUCUACAACUAAAAUAACAACGAAUAAUAUUAAUUGUAACAGUAACAGUAAUGUAACUACAGGUGAAUUACCAAUUCAUCAUGUAACACAUUCAGUAUCAUUCGAUUCAAACAAAUAUCAUGGAAUAAAUAGUAAAGCAGAGCCACCUGCUAAAAGGCAAGCAAUAAUGCGUUCGUCAGGGAAUAAUAUUUAUUCAUCAACUGUACACACUGGUCAUUCUAGUGGUAGCAAUAAUAAUAAUAUUAAUGUUACUUCAUCGAUGAUGAAUAACAAUCCUGCAGUAAUGAAACAUGUUCCAUAUCCCUCACAUUAUCGUCUACCAGUUGGUGCAAUUGCUAACAAUAAUAAAACAACUGUCUAUAAAUGAUAUGAUGCUGAAAUAAGCAUUCAUAUACACAACAAUAAUUUAUUAUAUAAAUCAAAUGGUGAAGCUUACUUUAUUUAUUGUUUGCGUUCAGUGCCUGAAAAGUAUUCGAUCUAGAUCAACUUUAGAUCAACCAUUUUUAAAAAAAUGUAACUGAUGUAUUCUAGCAUUCAGGUUUUUCUGUAUAUACAAAUUAUAUAUCUAAAUAAAUAUAUAUUUAUAUCUGUGAUGAGAAACCUAAUUUUUUUUCUUGGGAUUAAUGUUUACUGUGUACUUGUUUUUUUCUUCUCUUUUCCCUUUCACUAACAUCAAGAGUAUUUUCAUGGUAUCACAUUCUUCUCCAUAUGAAUUCGGUUAAAAAUAAGAACUAUACUUUUCACUAAUGAAUACAAUAACUAACAAUAGUUUUUGUUUGAUAAAACAUGAUUAUUCCUUAGAAGACACUAAUAAUCGAUAGUUGUUCUAUCGUGUUUAUUCAGUAGCUUAAAUGUGAUUAGAUACUUUCAGUUUAUCUGUUCGUGAUACCUUUCAUAGUGACUAUCAAUAAUGAUCAUGACUUCAUUUGAAUGUCAGUUAUCGAUUUGCACAUCGUUU